CGGGUGCGAUUGGCCACCCCUGGCAGGAGCCGCACCUCGGACAGCAGCAGCGGCGGCCGCGGGAGGGUCCGUGUGGCGCCCGGCGGCGGGAUCCUGCGCGAGAGAGUGGGACCCGACGCGGAGACCGCGGGCGGAGGCUCCCCGCGGCCGCACUGGGCCCUCAGCGACCGGACCCGGGGAUCCUCUGGGGGACAAGCGGCAGAAGAGCGACUCGGGAACAAGUGUGGGAGAGGAAGCGGCGGCGGCGACGCCGGGCCCGGGGGUGGUGACAGCAGGUCUGAGGUGCACCAUAAAUACAAAAGACUGAAGUUAUAAAAGAGAAUAAAAAUAUUGCUGCUAAAAUGAAUCUGAGCAACACAGUAUAUUUUGUGCCAUAUACAAAAAGGUACUAAACAUUUACCAAAAAAGUAAUUUGUCAAUGAGAGAUAAAGCUGACUGGGAUAUCAAAAGCAAAGCGCUUGCAAAUAACUGGUCAUCAUGCGUAAAGGGGUGCCAAAGGACCCAGAGAUUGCUGAUCUAUUCUACAAAGAUGAUCCUGAAGAACUUUUUAUUGGUUUGCAUGAAAUUGGACAUGGAAGUUUUGGAGCAGUUUAUUUUGCCACAAAUGCUCACACCAAUGAGGUGGUGGCAGUUAAGAAAAUGUCCUAUAGUGGGAAGCAGACACAUGAGAAAUGGCAAGAUAUUCUUAAGGAAGUCAAAUUUUUACGACAGUUGAAGCAUCCUAAUACCAUUGAGUACAAAGGUUGUUACUUGAAAGAGCACACUGCUUGGUUGGUGAUGGAGUAUUGCUUAGGCUCAGCCUCUGAUUUGUUAGAAGUUCAUAAGAAACCACUUCAGGAAGUAGAGAUCGCUGCCAUUACUCAUGGUGCCUUGCAGGGGCUAGCCUACCUGCAUUCUCAUGCAUUGAUUCAUAGGGAUAUUAAAGCAGGAAAUAUUCUUCUAACAGAGCCAGGUCAGGUGAAACUAGCUGAUUUUGGAUCUGCUUCAAUGGCUUCUCCUGCUAACUCCUUCGUGGGCACACCUUACUGGAUGGCUCCAGAGGUGAUCUUAGCUAUGGACGAAGGACAGUAUGAUGGGAAAGUGGAUAUUUGGUCACUUGGGAUCACCUGUAUUGAACUGGCGGAACGGAAGCCCCCCCUUUUCAACAUGAAUGCAAUGAGUGCCUUAUAUCACAUUGCCCAGAAUGACUCCCCAACGUUACAGUCUAAUGAAUGGACAGACUCCUUUAGGAGAUUUGUUGAUUACUGCUUGCAGAAAAUACCUCAGGAAAGGCCAACGUCAGCAGAACUAUUACGGCAUGACUUUGUUCGACGAGAACGGCCACUACGAGUCCUAAUUGACCUCAUACAGAGGACAAAAGAUGCUGUCCGUGAUCUAGAUAACCUACAGUACCGAAAAAUGAAAAAAAUCCUUUUCCAAGAGACACGAAAUGGACCCUUGAAUGAGUCACAGGAGGAUGAAGAAGACAGUGAACACGGAACCAGCCUGAGCAGGGAAAUGGACAGCCUGGGAAGCAACCAUUCCAUCCCGAGCAUGUCUGUGAGCACAGGCAGCCAGAGCAGCAGUGUGAACAGCAUGCAGGAGGUCAUGGAUGAGAGCAGCCCUGAACCUGUCAUGAUGCACGCUGACGAAAGCCCAGUCAAUUCCACCUCCUCUGUUGUGCACAAGAAGGAUCAUGUAUUCAUAAGGGAUGAGGCGGGCCACGGCGAUCCCAGGCCUGAGCCGCGGCCUACCCAGUCAGUUCAGAGCCAGGCCCUCCACUACCGGAACAGAGAGCGCUUUGCCACGAUCAAAUCAGCAUCUUUGGUUACACGCCAGAUCCAUGAGCAUGAGCAGGAGAACGAGUUGCGGGAACAGAUGUCAGGUUAUAAGCGGAUGCGGCGCCAGCACCAGAAGCAGCUGAUCGCCCUGGAGAACAAGCUGAAGGCUGAGAUGGACGAGCACCGCCUCAAGCUACAGAAGGAGGUGGAGACACAUGCCAACAACUCGUCCAUCGAGCUGGAGAAGCUGGCCAAGAAGCAAGUGGCUAUCAUAGAAAAGGAGGCAAAGGUAGCUGCAGCAGAUGAGAAGAAGUUCCAGCAACAGAUCUUGGCCCAGCAGAAGAAAGAUUUGACAACUUUCUUAGAAAGUCAGAAGAAGCAGUAUAAGAUUUGUAAGGAAAAAAUAAAAGAGGAGAUGAAUGAGGACCAUAGCACACCCAAGAAAGAAAAGCAAGAGCGGAUAUCCAAGCAUAAAGAGAACUUGCAGCACACACAGGCUGAAGAGGAAGCCCACCUUCUGACUCAGCAGAGACUGUACUACGAAAAAAACUGUCGUUUCUUCAAGCGGAAAAUAAUGAUCAAGCGGCACGAGGUGGAGCAGCAGAACAUUCGGGAGGAAUUAAAUAAAAAGAGGACCCAGAAGGAGAUGGAGCAUGCUAUGCUAAUCCGGCACGACGAGUCCACCCGAGAGCUAGAGUACAGGCAGCUGCACACGUUACAGAAGCUACGCAUGGAUCUGAUCCGUCUACAGCACCAGACUGAACUGGAAAACCAGCUGGAGUACAAUAAAAGGCGAGAAAGGGAACUGCACAGAAAGCAUGUCAUGGAACUUCGGCAACAGCCAAAAAACUUAAAGGCCAUGGAAAUGCAAAUUAAAAAACAGUUUCAGGACACUUGCAAAGUACAGACCAAACAGUAUAAAGCACUCAAGAAUCACCAGUUGGAAGUUACUCCAAAGAAUGAGCACAAAACAAUCUUAAAGACACUGAAAGAUGAGCAGACGAGAAAACUUGCCAUUUUGGCAGAGCAGUAUGAACAGAGUAUAAAUGAGAUGAUGGCCUCUCAAGCGUUACGGCUAGAUGAGGCUCAAGAAGCAGAAUGCCAGGCCUUGAGGCUACAGCUCCAGCAGGAAAUGGAGCUGCUCAAUGCCUACCAGAGCAAAAUCAAGAUGCAAACAGAGGCACAACAUGAACGUGAGCUCCAGAAGCUAGAGCAGAGGGUGUCUCUGCGCAGAGCACAUCUUGAGCAGAAGAUUGAAGAAGAGCUGGCUGCCCUUCAGAAGGAACGCAGCGAGAGAAUAAAGUACCUAUUGGAAAGGCAAGAGCGAGAGAUUGAAACUUUUGACAUGGAGAGCCUCAGAAUGGGAUUUGGGAAUUUGGUUACAUUAGAUUUUCCUAAGGAGGACUAUAGAUGAGAUUAAAUUUUUUUGCCAUUUA